GGCCUCCGAUCAACGAGGGUCCCCAUGUUGUAGAUAAAUACGAAUGGAACCCAUUCUCGGAUCCCCAGCCUUCGGUAUCCCGGCCUUUGUCUAUCCAAACUCUAGCGCAUAAACACCACCAUUCCAACCAUGUCCGGUCUCACAAUCCAUCAUCUUCGUCUCUCGCAAUCCGAGAGAAUCACCUGGCUCUGCGAGGAGCUCGAGAUUCCCUACACUCUGAAAUGCUACAACCGCCAACCGCCCACUCUCCAAGCCCCCGAUGAGUACCGCAAGCUCCACUGGUCCGGCACUGCCCCCAUCAUUGAAGACAACGGCGUCGCCUUAGGCGAAACCAUGGCCAUCAUCGAAUACAUCCUGACCAAAUACGGCAAGGGCCGUCUAGUUCUAUCCCCAGACCACCCCAAGUACGCAGACUACGUCUUCUGGCUGCACCGGGCACAGGGAUCGACAAUGCCAUCCUUCAUGGGGAUGCUGUUCAGUCGGAUCCGCGGUACCCCAUCCGAAGAGGACUUUGUCUACAAGAUGUCCGAAUCACGGGUGAAAGCCACCUGUGAGGCGAUGGAGCAGCAACUAGCCAAGAACGCAUACUUGGCUGGAGAGGAGUUCACCGCGGCAGACUGCGUGUCUGUCUUCCACUUGACGACGCUGCGGCUGUUCGUUCCCUACAGCCUUGAGGAGUAUCCUCAUAUUGUGCGCUACUUAGAGCGUAUCGGACAGCGUCCGGCGUACAAGAGGGCUAUGGAGAAGGGUGAUCCUGAUCUGGUGCCUUUGUUGGCGGCAGCUGCGCCUGCUAAGUCGCUGCUGUGAUGUGCAAUUGACUAAUGUAUAUAACUGAAGUGUAAACUAGAAUUUGAUUUCGAAUGUCGAGAUACGCUAUCAGGAAUAUGUAAG